CCCUUCUCCACAGAACAGUGCAUUCGUUACGAUCACGCAUCACCGGAGUGUUCUGGAGAACUCUGGGGAAGCAGAACCCUGGAGGGGACGAUCCCGGGAUUGAAUAAUCAUGAUUGAGAAAGCCGAAGCGAAGAGCACAUGCUCGAUGUCCAUUUCAGGAAUAUCCGGCGGGCACUCACACGACUUGGGAACUGAGAAUAGAGAGGCAUCCCAAUUAGUAAUUUUCCGCACGUGCUAUCAAAAAAGAAAUACCAAGGACUGUCAAUUUCUUGGGUCGCCGAGAAGGAUAUUUUUGGUGGUGGUGGGAGUCGUGGUUCUUCUGGUGGUACGACCGCUAUGGAAGAAGCCGCGAGUACGCUUUGAACUCCACUUAGCCCCCAGCGUCUACCAUAAGGAACAGGAAUCGGAUCGAAUCUCAGUGUGUUAGGCUGCCCGCUUGCAGACUGUUAAGAAGGGUGUGAAGGCACCUAUGAAUAAUUGAUGUGUCAACUUAACUUCCUUU